AUGAAACUGGACUCCAAAGCUGCCCUGUCCACGCCUCUCGUGGUGGCCAUCACUUCUCAUGACCUCAGCCGGGCUCAGGAAUACGCCAAGACCCAUGGCAUCCCCAAGGCUUAUGGCUCGUAUGCAGAACUGGCUGAGGAUCCAGAUGUUGAUGUGGUGCACAUAGGGGUGGUGAAUCCAUAUUACCUCCCGUCUACCCUCCUCUUCAUCCAGGCUGGGAAGAAUGUGCUCUGCGAGAAGCCAAUCGGCAUGAAUACUGCUGAGGUGAAGACAAUGGUGCGGGCAGCUUGGGAAAAGAACGUCUUCCUCAUGGAGGUUUGAAGAAAAGCCCCAUCCUGACCCAUGCAGACAGCGAGCUGGUCAAUUCCAUCCUGGAAGAAGCUUGGCGGCAAGGGGAAGUGUCAUACUCUCAGGACAAAGUGUGACACACUCUGUUUCCCCCUCCUGGAAUCCUGGGGGCUCCGUAUUCUUUGCUCUGUCAAAAUGUCCAUGUGGGCAGACUCUCAGCUGGACAGGCUCUCAACGGGAGGAUGGAGGACAAGACAAUUA